AUGUCAUCAGAUACCCUAUACGAUCAGCGUCUCGCCGAGUUCAAACGCAUCGUUGAAGGCUAUCUCCUAUCAAUUGUUUGUAUCUGUGGAUUACUUGGCAAUGCUCUCACUUGUGUUAUACUCUCCAGUCGGUUUAUGCGAACAUCAAUUACAAAUAUUUAUAUAUUUUCCCUUUCCUGCGCAUCAUCUUGUGUCCUAAUCGGCUUUCUCUUAACUCACGGCAUACGCUCGACAUUUAAAGCUGAAGUCUUCUAUCUUUAUAUAUUCACUCGAAUCUUUCCAAUACAUGUGACAUGUUUACUGAUUCAAAUCUAUUUAACGGCAACGGUUGCCGUCGAUCGCUUCAUUCUGAUCUGUAUGCCAUUUCGUGGUCGAAAAUGGCGCAGCCCACGGCAUGCUGUUAUCGUUGUCAUAUGCGUAAGUGCCUUUUGCAUCUUGUACUGCGUUCCGUUCUGGUUUGAAUUCACCUUGAAAACUGAAAACAAUGAAACCAUCAUAACCGUGUCGGACUUCGGCUCGACCGAGAUGUUCCGUUUAUUAAUGCGUAAAUAUCUUUACUUUAUUUUUGUUUUUCUUCUUCCUUUGACAAUCAUCUUAAUCUGUAAGAUCUCGAUUAUUAAAAAACUCUACUGCAUUCGACAACGGAAGCGUCAAUUGGGUACAUCGUCGAAACCUAACCGUUCAUCAAACGCCAUCAACUUCCUGCUUUUAUCCAUCGUCUUCAUUUUUCUGCUCACACAAUUGCCAUAUUUUGUGUUCAACGUGCUAUACUCAUGGUUUGGCACAAAGCUGAUGAUGAACCUACGUGCGAGACAAUAUCUAUCUAUUAACAAUCUUUUGUCAGUCAUCAAUGCAUCGUCAACAUUUAUCCUAUACGCAUUUUUCGACAAGAAAUUUCGGCAAGUCGGCCAAUACUUUUUGUUUUGUCAACCCUUGCCAGCUGGUUUCGACUCUCGAACCGGUACAACGCGGGCACUGAAAGGAACUGUCAUGUUAUCAAAACGAAGAUCGACAAAUUCGAUUCGAAAAUAUUCACCGCACGUUAAGCAAAAUCCGGCAGAUCUAACAAAAGAGCAACUGCUACCCACAAGUCAAGUGCCAUCAGUUGUUUAG